AUGACGUCCAUUCUUGGCUACUGGGACAUUCGAGGACUUGCGCAGCCCAUCAGGAAUCUCCUGGUGUACCAGGGCGUCGAGUUCGAAGACAAACGCUACGUGUUUGGUCCGGAACCCGACUUCGACGGUGAAGAGUGGCUGAGCGAGAAGCCCACGCUUGGCCUCAGGUUUCCGAACCUGCCUUACUACCUAGACGAUGACGUCAAGAUCACGCAGAGCCUGGCCAUAUUGCGCUACCUGGCGCGCAAGCACGAGCUAACAGCUACGGACGAAGAGGAGACUCUGGAACUAGACAUGCUAGAACAGCAAGCUCGGGACUUGAGCUGGGUUCUGCUGAUGGCCGUCGCGCAACCGAGCUACGAGGAGACACGACCCAAGUACGAAGAGAAGAUGGAGAGCCUUCUGCAACCCUGGGACGAACACCUGCAAGACAAAGAAUGGGCGAUCGGGGAUCGCGUCACAUACGUAGACUUCCUGCUGUACGAGGGGCUCGACUGGAACCGCGAGCUGAACGGAGGUGCAUUUGAAGGCUUCCCCGCGCGAACGUCUUACAUGAAGCACUUCGAAGAGCUGCCCAACAUCGAAGAGCACUUCGCCUCGGACAAGUAUAAAAAGUAUCCCAUACUCGGACCGAUGAUGAAGUGGGGCGUCGAAAAGGAGUAG